CUCUCCGCCCCUCACCUUUUCAUCCGCCGCCAGCUGUUUCUACAGUCGCCCCACCGGCGGAUUGCGACGGCGGCGGCGACGUAGACGGGCACGAUAUGCCUUCGAACGAAGGGAACUAUAGCAUGAUGUUCGCCUCGCUGGAUUCCUCCACAGUCGCAGAAUCGUCGGAGAUCGAGCCGGGUGCUCCUCCUCAGCCGGUGAUCCCGAUCCAUCUCCUCCACCAGGACGCCCUCCACAACGUCUUCGGGCGUCUCUCUCUCUCCGAGGCCGUGGCUUGCCGCUCCGUCUGCCGGAUCUUCCGCGAUGCGCUCUCAUCCCUUCCCUUCCUCUCCUCCCUCCCCCCGCUUCGCCUCCUCGCCCUCCGCCACCCUCGUUGCUCCGCCGCUUCCGCUGACGAUCCACGCCCCUGUUUUCUCGCCCUUGAUCCCGGCCUCCGGCGAUGGUUCCGCCUUCCCCUUCCCUUUUCUUCCUCCUCCCCCGUCACUGCCUCACCCUCCCUCCUUUUCCUCUGGGUAGACGCCGCCAGCAACGAGAGGAGCUCAAGAUCCCUUGUUGUUUGCAACCCCCUUACUGGGUCUCAUCGUGUCCUCCCCCCACUGGGCUCCGCCUGGUCCCGUCACGGCACUGUCCUAGCCUGUCCCGAUGGUACAGCCCUCGUCCUCACACAACUCGCCGCUCUUUCCUGUGGACAGGGUACAGACCGCUGGCUUAAAUUCUCCCUCAACCUCCCUUCCAAACCUCGGAGCCCCGUCCUGAUGACCGGCGCGAUCUUUGCCCUUUGCGAUGUGGGCACACCUUGGCGUAGCCUGUGGCGGCUCUUCUCCUGCCGCCUCCUCGACCUCGGAAAGUGGGCCGCGGUGGAGCGGCCCGAGUGGGGGGACGUGUUCAACAUUCUCAAGCGGCCGCGGUUACUUGCUGGGGCCGGCGGGGGACGAAUCUUGAUGAUCGGAGGGCUGCGGUCAUCGCUUGCUGCAGAUGCGCCUUGCUCUACAGUGCUUAUCUUGAGGCUUGAUCUUGAAACAUUGGAGUGGGACGAGGCAGGAAGGAUGCCACCGGAGAUGUAUCGCUGCUUCAGUGGUUGUGCAUUUGGUUCCAUGGCAGCAGCUGUAGCUGGGGCUAAUAAUAAGGUGAAGGUGUUUGGCGGCGAUGGUAGGGUUUGGUUCUCUGGGAGGAGAGUAAGAGGAAAGCUGGUAAUGUGGGAGGAAGACGAGAAGGGUGGGUGCGGAGUAUGGACCUGGGUUGAUGGCCUUCCAGGAUCGAAUGACGGGGUUUACAGGGGUUUUGUUUUCCAUGCUGGAUAUGGUGCCACUGCUUAACUAGCAGCCAAUUUGAUGAGUUUAUGCAGCGCAGGCCAUCUCGUCUGCCUCUGUGGCAUUAGAACUGACUUGGCACACGAAAAAAAACCCGAAGCAGUUUCAGGUAUUAGUUUCGUUUCCCUUGGACUUGUAUACUGCAGCAGCAACCAAGGGGAUGCUUAUCAUUUUCAUUAUUGUUCGAUCAGACUUUAAAUACAAUGGUAAAAAAAAAACUCGAAGUUUUUUAUUUCUGUAUUAGUGUAAUGCAAAUUUCCAAUGUCUGGGUA